UUUAAAUACUAGAAAAAUAUCGAUUAUGGAAUAAAUUCAUUUAGUUAUACAUUACCUGCAUAAAAUGAUUUGUGACGUUAUGCCAACAAUUACGGAAGAUGUUGGAUCUCAGGGUGAUCGAGAUUCACUCACCAGUGGAGAUGGUACAAAUGUUGAAGACAUGUUGCUUAGUAUGUUAGAUGAACGGGAUAGAUUAAUGGAAGGAUUACGAGAAUCACAAGAACAAGUUAAUGCAACAAGAACUCGAUUAAAUGAAGUUGAAAGGGAAAGAGAUAAACUUCAUGCUCAGCUUUCAGUCAAAAUGCCUCAGGAUGUCGUUGAGAUGUCAAAGAAGUUAACAGAAGUUGAAGAGCAGCUGGCCGAAAGAUCCGAUGAGAUCGCUGAUUUAAAGGCUGAACGUAACAAUAUGAAAAUUCUUUUAGAACAUUUGGAAAACCUCGUGGCACGUCAUGAGAGAUCGCUUAGAAUGACUGUGGUUAAACGUCAUACAUCUACAGCAAUGGGUACCAGUACGAACUCCUUAAUUCCAAGUGGAACCACAUCUGAUGGUGACUCAGUAUGCCCAGAAAUGGAUAUUUUGAAUCCCUCCUCCAAUUAUUCAAUGAAUGCCACAACCGGAUCACUCAGUCCUUCAAUGACAGGAUUAGGUUCUGAAGCUGAGGUUUUAAAGGCCUUAAAGUCUUUAUUCGAACAUCACAAGGUACUGGAUGAAAAAGUUCAUAACAGACUGAGAGUAUCACAAAACAAAGUUACUGAAUUAGAAAAUGAAUUAUUGGAGUUAAAACGAUCUGCGCUGCCUGCAUCAACCAUAAAUACACAAAAUAAGAGUAUUAACCAAACAAUGAUAUCAACUCAGACACAAGUUGAAAGUGAUUUACUGAAGUCUGACGACUCAGAACCGAAGCUCAAUCAGGAUCAGCAGAAACUACUGUCGCUUAGGGAAACUGCAACACCACCACAAGGAACACUAGUAACAAGUACAAGUUCAGAUGUGUUAACAUCCUUUCCUGUUUCAAGCGUAUCAUUGUCAAAUUUAUUUUCUGCUUCAGCAUCAGUAGCUGCUAUCGAAGCAGCUAAUAGAAUAAAAGAACUGCAGCAGAAUCUUGAACAACGUGCGUCUGAAUUGCUUGCAGCUAGAAGACAAGUUAUAGAACUGACCAGUCGAUCAAGAGAAAGUUCUAAUUCGCUUAGUUUAGUAAGAAACGAAUUGAAUCGAGCCAAUGAUCAAAUUGAUAGACUGACACGUGAAUUACGUGAAUCUGAACAACGAAGAUCUGACCAAGAAACAUUAGCAGCAAGUUUAGAACAGAAAUACUUAGUUGCUCAACGCGAACUGAAUGCAGCUCAAGAUAUGGCCGAUAAGCUGAGAGCCGAACUUGCCUUCAAAUCAACACAGCUUAAACAGCAAGAAGAAAAAGUUCGAUCACUGCAGACUAAACUUGAUUCUGUGGAAGAUGAUCUUUUGAGAAGUCGAUCUAUUUCAAAUAACCUUCUGAUGAAUACAUCUUCGAAAAAUAAAUACAUUCAAGAAGACGAUGAUGGAAUUGAAGAGAAUGAAGAACAGUUAUAUUCUGAUGAAAGUGGUCCAGAAUUAAUGAAUAAGCAAACAUCCGAAGGUGAAACAGAACAGGAAAAUGAUUCAGCCAGUACUCAAGAGAAUAGAAUUGUAAAGAGAAUAAGGCAUAAUGAGAUAUCUUUGAGAAACUAUAGUCACUUAAGAAAUAUUUCACAACAAGACUGGAAUUCUUAUGAAGAUAGAGUGAAAGAAUUAACAGACGAAAUUGACGAAGUCAGGCAAGAGUUGGCUCGUGCUAAAGAACGAGAAAUUGUGAAUGAGGAGCACAUAACACGUUUAUCUGGAACGGUUGAUAAACUGCUACAAGAAUCCAAUGAACGUCUACAAAAUCAUUUGCAAGAACGUAUGUCAGCUCUAGAGCAAAAACAAGAAUUAAACAACCAAAUCGAGCAAACAAAAAGAGCCUUAGAAUCUUCUAUUAGAGAACGUGAAGCUAAUAUAACUGAAUCGGUUUUGUUAAGGCAGCAGUUAUCUGAGCUAGCAGCAGCUUUCCGUCAUUCACAAGCUCAACUUGCUGCUGCUCAUACAUCAACAUCAGCAGCUCAGGCUGCAAUGAUGGCGUUGGCCAGAGCGUCAGCAGAAAAAGCCAAUAUAGAACGACUUCAACAACAACAACAGCAACAACAACAACAAAAUGCUGAAAUAUCUAUCCAAAACUCGAUGACAGCAUGUCCUACAAGUAUAAGAGAUCAACAGCUUGGCGUUGAACAAAACAGUCCAAUAGAUUUAAUUUCAAGGUUAAUAACAAAUGCGUGGAUCACAUCACAGGCAAAUAAUUCAGAUCAGGCACAACUUGAUGUAAAUAGUCCAUCAUUUGUUAACACAACCAUGAAUACUACAAACAAUACUAAUUUAGAAGAAUUUUAUUCACCUAAUGAACUACAAGAUUUACUCAUUCGACAAAAUUUAAACUUGAAUACAACAUCACAAUACCCCACAGAUACAGAUAAUCAAAUGUCAUUGAAUGAAAUUGUAAAUUUAAUGAAUAUGAAACAACAACCUUUGCCAAAUUCGACAUCUCGAAGUAAUAUUCAGGAGGGUGAAAACGAUCCAGCAAAUGAUCCUCAGUCCCUAGCAUACAUGUUGAAAAGUCAACUGGAUGCUAUCAAUAAUGAAAUAAAGCUAAUUCAACAUGAAAAGGCUACCACAGAGAUGUUAGCUGAAGAAUUACAAGGACGAUAUGGCACACUUGAUGUAAACGUGGACAGUACAGGUCACUACGGAAAACCUAGAAACCAACAUCCUGACGGGCAACUAAUCAGCGAGGAUAAUAUUCAAGAAGAUGGGACUCGGAACGGCAGUGGCCAGAGAUUUCUUGAAGGCGCGGGUGUUGUGAACAAACAACAUGCAUCAGUAAUGCAUUCAGCCAUAAGUGAUCAAAAUACCAACGUAGGAAGGAGUGCACAUUCUUCAGAACCUUCGACUUUGACACCUAUGGUUAAUCUGAACUCUAAAACACAGACUACCCCAUCAACUAAUUCUCAAGUAAAUAUGGAGAUUUAUCACAGUCAAACAGCUGGUUAUCCACAGAAAUUUUCAACUACCUACUCACUUAACACUCAUCCUUCACAUUUUGGAUAUGAUACACGACUACGCGCGCCAAUAAUGAAUUCCCUACCUAUGCAUUUAAGAGCAAAUAAUCAAAAUUCUACAGGGAUUGUCAUACCCAAUCCAAGAUAUGCUGGCUCAAAUAACGUUAUAUUCACAACUGGCAGUGCACAACUCCCAGCUUUGUCAAAUCUUCCUCCAGAUCAAAUUCGUGAUUUGGAUACAAUGAGGAGACGAAUGCAGACUGACCUACCGACGAAUAUUCAUCAGAGCCAGACAUCAUCAACUACACGAGAUGACCUAACGAACGCUGACAAUCAGGAAAAUAUUCAAAGAGAAAAUGAAAGGAAACGAUCCAUAUUUGGUACAUUAGGACGUAUGUUUAAAAAGCCAAGUGCUGUAAAUUUACCCAGCUCCAUAAGUCAAACGACGGACAGUAAUACAAAACCUAUUUCAGCACAUAUGCAACAGUCAUCAACCUUACCUUUGUACUCCAAUCAACUAAUACAACCUUCUCGCAAUUAUUAUAUGCAUAAUGUCCCCCUUUCUCAGUCCUUUUAUAAACCAGAUGAACGAAAUAGGCUGUACAAUAUCCCAUAUUCAAUUCAGGAUUCAGGAUUUAGCAACAUGUCACAUUUUAAUCGUUCUGUCCAUCCCAGCUCCCAUGUUCAGUAUCAAAUGCAAGAAGGAUCAUCUAGGUAUAGUCCACGACCGCCUUCACAUCACGCUUAUUUUGGAAAACCAAAAUCCGAUGGAUACACUUCAGAAAUGCAUGCCAACCGAGAGCAAAACAUUAAUCAGCUACCUUCAGUAUCCCAUUCUACAAAUAUUCAAGCUCCCAUUGGUCAAAAGCAAACUCAAGAAGACAAACAGAAAUCCCAAAAAAUGCUCCUUGAAGAUGCGAUUCGCAGCAAUUUACCAUUCACCUCUUGGAGUAGUCCCAUACUGGUUGCAUGGUUAAAAUUAUGGGUCGGUAUGCCAGCAUGGUACGUUGCAGCCUGUGAAGCAAAUAUCAAAUCUGGUGCCAUGCUUGCCUCUUUGUCUGAACAGGAUAUUCAAAGGGAAUUAGGCAUACGAAAUCCUUUACACCGGCUUAAACUUCGUCUAGCUGUACAUGAAAUGCUUGCAUUCACGGCAUCGUUGACAAGUUCAGCAUCAAAUAUGGCGAAGGAUGAUGAAGCCACUACCUCUAUAAAACAAUUACAUCUUGCAUCUCCUUUAAUUAAGGGUGAGUUGAAUCACGAGUGGAUUGGCAAUGUUUGGUUACCAAGCCUUGGCUUAGCGAGAUACAGAUCAGCGUUUAUGGAGUGUCUUGUUGACGCUCGUAUGUUAAGUCAUUUAACUAAGCGUGAUUUAAGAACACACUUAAAAAUGGUUGAUCAAUUUCAUCGCCUGAGUCUUUACUAUGGAAUUAUGUGUCUCAAACGUUUGGAUUAUGAUCGAGCUGAACUUGAAAGACGUCGGGAAGCAAGUCAGAAUAGCCUAAAUGAUUUACUCGUAUGGAGUAAUGAACGAGUUAUCAUAUGGCUUCGAGGUAUAGGUUUCGGUGAAUAUGCGAAAAAUCUUGUCGACUCCGGUGUACACGGUGCUUUGAUGGCUUUAGAUCCUGAUUUUGACGCAAAUUCACUUGCAUUGGUUUUGCAAAUACCGAAUUCAGAUGUACAAAUGAGACAUAAACUUGAGCGUGAACUCAACAGACUGCUUCUUCCUUAUCGACCAGUCAAUCAGAAUACUUCAGUGGCAUCGAAAAAUUCCAUUAUGAAUUAUGAUACAGCGGCUAGUUGGAUUGCUUCUGUAGAACGACCUGAACCAGCAUACUAUGAAAACCAGUUUGAAACAAUUGACUCUUCAGUUGGUGAAUCAUCCUACAGGCCAAGUGCAUUAAGUGUACAACAAAAUCAAAAGCUCACAACAAGUAGAAACAUCACAGCAGUAUCUGAAAGUAUAAAUGGAGCACCGCCUAUUCCAUCAAGAUCACAAAGGAAUACUGACAAACGACAUCCUGUAUCAACCAGCCAGGUCACCGCCAAUACGCAAAAUCAACCUCCUUUGAAUACAAAUCUUUCCCGAAGUGGAAAUUACAGAGGUCCAGGUAUGCCUGACGACAACUACGCUUUUCUUCACAACGAACCGUCACAGUCAGACAGAAGGUUUAAGAAAAACUGACUAUUUUCCAUAGAAUGAAUGAAUCAGACAAUGCCUUUCAAAAGAUGUCAAAAUAUCAAUCAGUUCAAAUGAGAAAUCAUGCAGAACAUUUCAUAAGCGUGGAACAUAAUUACUGUCAUUGUUCAUUAUUUCAUCCUUGUAUAUCAUAUAAUCCAUUCUAAUGUAUAGGCUAAAACAGAAAAAACAGAAGCAAUUUAUCUAUGUUUUAUCUUAAAUUAAAUUUCAGAGUUUUGUACGAAUCAAAAUACAAGCAAAAGCAUUUCAAAAUAUAAGAAGUAAAAAACAAGCGUUGAUAAGAAGAUAUUACUACAAAAUAUUCAUACAUACUUUAUGUAAUUGAAGCAUAAAUGAAAUCGUGCUUUUGUUACAUAAAGAGAUAUGUUAGCAUUUCAGAUCUAGAUUAACGCUAUUUAUGCAAAUAUUUAUGUAUGCAUGAAUAUUAAGAAAGACAGAGGCAUGUGUUUUACUGAGACACGUUCAGAGAUUACUGAAAUCUACUCAGUAAACAUUUAUAUGAUUAUAUUCAUAAUAAUAAUAAUAUUUUAUUUCUAUGCAGCUAUGUUUUAAACUUCUUGUGCACUUUAUCAUGCUUUUGUUCAGACGAUUUUAAGCAAUACGCUAUGAUUAUAAAACUAUUGUAUAAGUAUUUGAAAUCUGUUUUAUUGUCAGUAUUUAUUUUUAGUUCACACUACCUGAUUAUUGAAUAACUUGACUAAGUCAAGAGAAGUAUGAGAGUGAAAAAAGAAGAAGAAGACGAAACAAGUCUUCAUAUGUCUUUGUGCAAUAUAUAUAUUUACCAGAAUAUGCAUUUCUAUUUGCUAUAUUAUUCAAUAUGCAACGACAAAAU